AUGCCCAUGCGCCUGGACGAGGGCUGGAACCAGAUUCAGUUCAACCUGUCGGACUUCACGCGCCGCGCCUACGGCACCAACUACGUCGAGACCCUGCGCGUCCAGAUCCACGCCAACUGCCGCAUCCGCCGCGUCUACUUCAGUGACCGGCUGUACAGUGAGGAGGAGCUGCCCCCGGAGUUCAAGCUCUUCCUGCCCAUCGCCAAGGCAUGA